AUGACUGGCUCAAACCCACUUGGAAGCAUAGCUAUCGUCGGUGGUGGUAUCAGUGGUGUCGUUCUUGCAAUCGCCCUUCUCGAUCGUGGACUCAGUGUCAAUGUCUACGAACAAGCAUCCCGCUUUGGCGAGAUCGGAGCAGGUGUGGCUUUUAACCCUGCGGCCGCGAGAGCAAUGAAGAUCUGUUCACAAAAGAUUCAUACAGCAUUCGAGAAAGUUGUAACCAAAAACCAGGGAGAAGAUAAACAAUCCAUCUGGUUCGAUUGGGUAGAUGGCCACAAUGACACCGAAGUUGGCAAGGAACAGUACGCUUUCAGCAUCGGUAACGAGUCUGGAGCCAAUGCGGUGCAUCGAGCACACUUCUUGGAUGAGUUGGUCAAACAUGUGCCUGACGGAACCACACACUUUGGAAAGCAUCUGGACACUAUCGAAGAGCUUGAGGACGGGAAGCUGAAGCUGAAGUUCCACGAUGGAUCUGAUGCUACUGCAGAUGCAGUCGUUGGAUGCGACGGUAUCAAAUCUAAGGUGCGAGCUUGGAUGAUGGGAGCAGAUCAUCCUUGCACUCCACCAGUCUAUACCCAUAAGUAUGCCUACCGGGGUUUGAUCCCCAUGGAAAAGGCCAGGAAGGAGCUAGGAGAUGAUCUAGCACAGAACUCCAAGAUGCAUAUGGGUCAAGACGGCCAUGUAUUGACCUUCCCAGUCAACAAAGGAGCGACUAUGAACGUGGUUGCAUUCAAGGUCGAUUCUGGUCAAUGGCCGUCAGACACUAAGCUCACUCUGCCUUCCGAAAAGUCGCACGUCCUCAAAGACUUCAGAGACUUUGGGGCCACAGUUCACAAGAUCAUUGAUAUGCUGGAGCCCAAUCUUGAUUGCUGGGCCAUCUAUGAUCUGGGUGAUCACCCUAUGCCACACUACAAUAAGGGAAGGGUCGUCGUCGUCGGCGAUGCGGGGCACGCAACUUCUCCGCAUCAUGGCGCUGGUGCUGGCAUGUGUAUCGAGGACGCAGCAGUCAUGGCAGAACUAUUGAAUGAUCCCAGAGUGGCUGAAACAGGUCACAACGGUCUCGCGGCAGCCUUCCAAGCUUACAGCGACCAAAGACUAGAGAGGACUCAGUGGCUUGUGCAGAGUUCACGACGUUCGGGGGAUCUUUAUGAGUGGAGGGCUGAAGGUGUUGGUAGAGAUUUCAAGAAGAUAGAGGAGGAAUGUCGCGAGCGAGACGAGAAGCUGUGGAACGGUCAAGUCAAAGAAUACAUCAAGGAAGCUCAGACUUUGCUGGGGAAGAGUCUGAAGCAGUAG